AUGGGAGCUAAGAAGAAGAAUGCAAGGGGAGGUCAUGAUGACGGUGGUGUAAGUAGAUUUCCACAAGGAAGUCUAGCCCCUACAGGACCCAAUAGGAUGGAUAUGCCACUUACUGCAGAUCAAGCUUCUAUCCGUUCUAGUUUAAGUCAAGCUCCUGCUAGUCUUGGUGAAAUGGACGUUCAACUCACUGCAGAUAAACGACAAUUUUCCGCAAGUCGUGGUAUCAGUCAAGCUCCUAAUAAUCUUCUUCCUGAAAAUCAACAUUUUACCAACCAAAGUAUGACAGAAUCUAGUCGUCCGAGUUCCGCUCAUUCUUCGAAUCCUAGCCGACUACAAUUUGAUGUAGGAAGCGAAACAGGUCAAACACUAUCCCGUAUCACUGAAACUAGAAGCUCCCAAUCACGAGUUACUGCGGUACCAAUGGGUCAAGGCCAAGCAGCUCCGAAUUUUCCACAAUUGCAAUCACAGCCUGAUCCAUCCCUCAGAUCUGCGCAAUCAAUUCAAUCUGUAUCUGAAUCACAGAGAGCAGCCGGAUUUCUUGAACGAACACAAUCACAAACUCAAACGAGAAGACCCACUGAGCUCAUUAACCGAAAUCAAUCACACGUUCAACCACUGCAUCGUCCUGGACCACAAAACCCUUUUCAAUUUCAGCCAACUCUAACAACACCAGUGUAUUUGCAACGAGAAGUUCAAGAUUCUUCACGCGUUUAUCCAGGCCAACGACCUCGACUCCGAGUGCCACAUAGACAAUCUUUCGGAACCAAUCCAGCAUUCGGAAGCAACUUACCAUCUAGCGGUAUGCCUCUAAACAGACAAGGUCCACCUAAAAUAUAUGCCCACCAAGCUGAAGCCAGAGCUCAACUUCAAAACCCUCGUGGUCAGGCAGCCCAGUAUGUUGAUCCACGCCAAGAUCCAGAGUGGCGCAAGGCACAGCAGGAUAAAGCAAUGCAAAAAGCUCGUAGAAGAAUUGCUCGAGGCAGGGGUUUCCGUUCGCUUGUACAAUCCGGAAAUCCUAUGCCUAGUCUCAGGGAGCUUCAAUCGACAGGUGGACAGAAUGGGUAUGGUGUAGCACCUCCUAUACCACCACCACAACAGCAAGCUUCUGUCGCUCAAUUUCCAGGAUUAGAAAGCCAACAAGAUCAAGAAAUGGCUGUUUCUCAAUUAGGAAUUGAGAAUAUGAAUAUUGCAUCCCAAGAAUUUUUCGUUCAAGAUGCAUGGGCAAAAUCACAACUUCGAAAAAUCGGUAAUACAUGUCCUAGAGGAUGUCGAUGGUCUAGGAUCACGGGUGGAUAUCGAUGCGGUCAGGGAUUUCAUUGGGCUACUGAUCAGUUGAUUAGUGAGGGAAAGGGAGAAGUAAUUACUUCGUUGCGAGUUGUACCGAAAGGAUUUCCAAACCAAGGUGAGAAAUUGAAGACCGGCUCUCGUUAUGAUUAG